GAGAUACCGGGCAGCUCCGGAGUGCGCGAGAGAAAGAGAGAAGGGGGAAGCGGAGAGGAGCUGGCUGGCUGCUGGCAGAUGGACUAACGGGAGAGCACGGAGCGAGUCCACGUAAAUUACCAUGCCGACAUUUGGACUACACAAACUACACCCAAAACCUCCCCAUCUAUGAGAUUAAUAAUAGAAAAAGGUGGUUCUGUGAAGAUCACGGUACGAUAAUGGGGAAGCACUUGGUUCCGCUGCUUGUGCUGCUGCUGCAGCUCCUCUGUGGCUGCGCAGGGAACCAACGGAUGGUGAGGGAUGCCUCCAUGCAGUUCACCCACUCUGUUUACAAUGCCACCAUAUACGAGAACUCUGCUGCUAAGACUUACUUAGAGAGUCACACCAAGAUGGGGAUCUACAUCACAGACCCAACGUGGGAGAUACGGUACAAAAUCAUCUCUGGAGACAAUGAGAACUUAUUCAAAGCAGAGGACUACCUGCUGGGAGAUUUCAGUUUUUUGCGGAUAAGGACCAAAGGAGGCAGCACUGCCAUUCUGAACCGGGAGGUUAAAGACCACUACAUUCUGACUGUUAAAGCUUCAGAGAGGGGCACCAAUUUAGAGUGUCGCACUAGAGUGAAGGUGCAGGUACUGGACACCAAUGAUCUGAGGCCUCUCUUCUCGCCAACAUCCUACAGCAUCUCUCUGCCAGAAAACACGGCCAUACGCUCGAGCGUGGCCAAGGUCACGGCGACUGAUGCAGAUAUCGGUACGAAUGGAGAAUACUACUACAGUUUCAGAGAGUGGACGGACAUGUUUGCAGUUCAUCCAACGAGCGGCGUGGUGACGCUGACCGGCAAACUGGACUUCUCUGAGACGAAGCUGUACGAGUUGGAGAUCCUCGCCGUCGACAGAGGGAUGAAGCUGUACGGCAGCAGCGGUUUCAGUAGCAUGGCCAAACUUACAGUGAGGGUGGAGCAGGCCAAUGAGCAUGCACCUGUGAUUACUGCAGUCACCCUGGCCCCCUCUGAUGCAGACCAUGACCCCACCUAUGCCAUUGUGACGGUGGAGGACAACGACCAGGGACCAAACGGAGAGAUAGCGUCGCUGAGCAUCGUGGCCGGUGACCCUCUUCAGCAGUUCAAGGCUGUAAGAACCAGCCCCGGGAGCAAGGAGUAUAAAAUCAAGGCAGUGAAAGAUGUAGACUGGGACAGCCAGCCUUUUGGAUAUAACCUCACUUUACAGGCAAAGGACAAAGGCAGCCCCCCUCAAUUUUCAUCUACUAAAUUGGUACAUGUCGCUUCUGCACAGUUCAAAGUGGGCCCUCCCAUUUUUGAACAGGCCGUUUACAGAGUCAAUCUGAGUGAAUUUGCACCUCUUCACACACCUGUCACUAUGGUAACAGCUGUGCCAAAGUACCCACAUCUAAAAUAUGCUUUUAGACACAAAUCCGACAAGAGCAAGUUUACCAUCAAUCCAGAUACUGGCUUAAUCAGCACUGCAGGACCAAUCAAUGCUGAUGCUUCCUCACAGUUUGAGCUAGAUGUGGUGACCAGCGACAAAAAAGCGGCAACAAAAGUGGUCGUUGAUGUGAUUGAUGUAAAUAACAAUGCGCCCGAGUUCCAGCAGACAUCUUACAAGGCCACCGUUGAUGAGAAUGUGCCUAUAGGGACCAGUGUGAUCACGGUUAAGGCCACUGAUCUCGACAGAGGGGAAAAUGGCUAUGUGACCUACAGCAUUACCAAUCUGACUCCUCAGCCGUUUGUCAUCGACUACUUCUCCGGCGUCAUCAGCACCUCGGAGGUCCUAGAUUAUGAGCUCAUGCCCAGGAUUUACAAUCUCAAAGUCAGGGCAUCAGAUUGGGGAUCCCCUUUCAGAAGAGAGGUAGAGGCAUCAGUCACCAUCACGUUAAAUAAUCUGAAUGACAACAAGCCCUUAUUUGAAAAUGUAGACUGUGAAGUGACUGUGCCGAGAGAUCACGGCGUGGGAGAGCAGAUAACAACAACAUCCGCCAUAGACGCGGACGAACUACAGCUAGUGCGGUACUACAUUAAAGCUGGAAACGAUCUUGAUCUGUUUGAACUGAACCCGAACUCUGGCAUGCUCUCGCUGAAGCAUACGCUGAGUGAGGGAGAGGCAGCUAAAGUGUCCUUUCAUAGUUUGCAAAUCAUCGCAACUGACGGCGAACACGAGACCCGGCCGAUGAUCAUGAACAUAACUGUCAUCACGGCACGCAAGCCGGUCCAGUUAAAAUGUGUUGAAACCGGCGUCGCUACCAUGUUGGCUGAGAAGCUACUUCAAGGCAGCAAAAUCCACACGCAAACUGAGCCAGAUGACAACUUUAUGGACAUUCACUCAGUCAACCGUUACACUCCUCAGUUUGCAGAGUCUUUCCCAAGUGUUAUUGAAGUUAAAGAGGACCUCCCUGUUGGGGCCCGGAUUGUCCAUUUAAGUGCCACAGACUCAGAUAGUGGCUUCAAUGGGAAACUCGUGUAUGUUAUCUCAGGAGGAGACGCAGAAAGCCGCUUUAUUGUAGAUAUGGAAACCGGUUGGCUUUUGAUUUACUCUCCUCUUGACCGGGAAACCACCGACCAUUACACCCUCAACAUUACAGUUUACGAUCUUGGGAUUCCACAGAAAUCCUCGUCACGUCUUUUGGAUGUUAAAAUUUUAGACGCUAAUGACAACAGCCCUCAAUUUUUGCAAGACUCUUAUUCAGUUGAAAUAAGCGAGAGCACACCUGUCGGGACGGAAAUUAUCCAGGUGGAUUCAACAGACAGGGAUCAAGGCGACAAUGGAAACGUCAAGUAUUCCAUUUUGGGAGGCACAGAUCAUUUUGCCAUCAACGAGAUAACCGGCGUAGUGACUGUGACAAAGCCGCUGGAUCGUGAACUCCAUCCAUUUCACGUCUUGAAAAUCGCAGCGCGUGACCAGGCGGCGAACGAGCCUCAGCUGGUGUCCACAGUUCCACUUAAAAUCACCUUGGAAGACGUGAAUGAUAACCCACCUAAAUUUGUGCCCCCCAAUUACCGCGUCAAAGUGAGAGAAGACCUCCCUAUCGGUACUGUAAUUAUGUGGCUGGAGGCUCACGACCCCGAUAUCGGGCCUUCCAGUCAGGUACGAUACAGCCUCAUUGACAACGGAGACGGCAACUUCGAGGUGGACAAACUCAGCGGUGCUCUGCGGAUCGUUCAGAAUCUAGAUUACGAGACAAAACAGGUGUAUAAUCUGACAGCAAAAGCUAAAGACAAAGGGAAGCCCAUAUCUUUGUCAUCAACCUGCUUCAUUGAGGUGGACGUGGUGGACGUGAAUGAGAAUCUCUACAGGCCGUUGUUCCGAUCAUUUGUGGAAAAGGGAUUUAUAAAAGAGGAUGCUCUUGUUGGGACUUCUGUGAUGACUGUAACAGCUGAAGAUGAAGACAGAGGACGGGAUGGAGAGAUUCGAUACUCCAUACGAGACGGGUCCGGCCUGGGGAUAUUUUCCAUUGACGAGGAAACUGGUGUCAUUCGAACCCAGGAACUGCUGGAUCAUGAAACAACGCCUCACUACUGGCUGACGGUGUACGCGAUGGACCGUGGCGUGGUGCCCCUCUCCGCCUUCGUCGAGGUCUACAUAGAAGUGCUGGAUGUGAACGACAAUGCACCGCAGACCUCCGAACCUGUCUACUACCCGUCCGUCAUGGAGAACUCCCCCAAAGAUGUGUCGAUCAUCCAGAUAAACGCCGUUGAUCCAGAUGCCAAGUCCACCGAUAAACUCACCUACAGGAUCACCAGCGGCAAUCCCCAGGGUUUCUUCGCCAUUAACACCAAGACAGGUCUGGUUACAACCACUUCAAGGAAGCUGGACAGAGAGCAACAGGAUGAGCACAUCCUCGAGAUCACCAUCACCGACCACGGCGUUCCCGCUAAGUCCACCACUGUCCGCGUCAUCGUCCAGGUCCUCGAUGAGAACGACAACAGGCCAUUGUUCCUGGAGAAAAUCUACAAGAUCCAACUCCCUGAGCGGGAGAGGCCAGAGAGAGAGAGAGCCAUGAAGAGAGACCCGGUGUAUCGGGUAAUUGCAUCAGACCGCGACGAGGGACCAAAUUCAGAGAUCUCUUACAGCAUCGAGGAAGGAGACGAACACGGAAAGUUUUUUAUCGAGCCCAAGACGGGCCUGGUGUCGUCCAAGAAGUUCUCCUCCGCCGGAGAAUACGACAUUCUCACAAUUAAAGCCGUUGACAAUGGACGUCCUCAGAAAUCCUCCUCUUGUCGUCUGCACAUCGAGUGGAUUCCAAAACCAGAAGUGCCAGCCGACGCAGCUCCGCUGCUUUUUGAGGAGUCCCCCUUCACCUUUUCUGUAAUGGAAAGCGACCCUGUGGCUCACAUGGUGGGCGUUGUUGCCACUGAAUCAUCUGAUGUUCCCGUGUGGUUUGAAAUUACAGGUGGUAAUUAUGACAGCCGCUUUGACGUGGGCAAGGCCAGCGGAACCUUGAUUGUAGCGCGGCCCCUGGACGCUGAGCAGAAAUCAAAUUACAACCUGACGGUGGAAGCCACAGAUGGGACACGAACUGUCAGCACCCAGGUACUUAUCCGUGUCAUUGACACCAACAACCACCGGCCACAGUUCUCUCAGACGGUUUACACCGUGAAUGUCCCAGAAGACAAACCUGCCGGGUCCGAGGUCCUGCAGAUCAGCGCCGUGGACAGAGAUGAGAAAAACAAACUGACCUUUACACUCCUGAGCAGCACCGAUCCAUUCAGCCUGAGGAAGUUCCGACUGGACCCGGGAACAGGCAUUCUGUACACCACUGAGCGGCUGGAUCAUGAGACGAUGCAUCUUCACGUCCUCACUGUCAUGGUGCGAGACCAGGACAUUCCAGUUAAAAGAAACCUUGUGCGUGUAAUCGUCGACGUGGAUGACACCAAUGACAACGCACCCUGGUUUAUAGGCACGCCUUACUCUGGCCGUGUGUUCGAAUCCGCUGCCGUAGGCUCGGCCGUGCUCCAGGUCACAGCUCUUGACAAAGACAAGGGCCAUAAUGCAGAGCUUGUCUACAGCAUCGAAUCAGGGAAUGUUGCAAACUCAUUUGUAAUCGACCCCGUUCUUGGGACAAUUACAGUGGCCAAAGAACUCGAUCGCAGCAGCAAGACAGCGUUUGAACUCAUCGUUAAGGCAACUGAUAAUGGAAUACCUCCACAGUCAACAACAGCCAGUGUACACAUUGUGGUGACAGUCUCUGACAACGCGGCCCCCAAAUUCAUUGAAAAGGAGUUCUCUGCAGAAGUCAGUGAAUCAGCCCAUCCAGGAAGCUUUGUGAGCUUGGUCACCGCGGUCAGUCAGUCAUCUGUUUUCUAUCAAAUCAAAAGUGGCAACAUCAACAACGCAUUUGAUAUAAACCCAAACUCUGGGGUGGUUGUGACGCAGCAAGCUUUAGAUUACGAGACCACACCUCAAUACAAGCUUAUCAUACAGGGCACCAACAUGGCCGGACUGUCCAGCAACACAACGCUUAUGAUUCAUCUAAAGGAUGAAAAUGACAACGCUCCAGUCUUUUCCCAGAGGGAAUUCAAAGGAGUAAUCAGUGAGUCGGCUCCCAUCAACAGUGUUGUUCUGACCCCUGCAAACACUCCUUUUGUCAUUCAUGCCUCUGAUGCUGAUUGUGACCAGAAUGCCAUGCUCGUUUAUCAAAUCGUUGAACCUUUUGCACACAACUAUUUCUACAUUGACUCGAGCACAGGAGCUAUCAGAGUCACAGGAGCUUUGGAUUAUGAACAGAGGAGUGUAUUCCACUUCACAGUUCAGGUCCAUGAUCUAGGAAUGCCACGACUGUUUGCAGAGACAGCAGCCAACGUGACUAUUGAAGUAAUCGAUGUUAAUGACUGCCCACCAGUUUUCAGCCAAGAACUGUACGAGACCACCGUCAUAGUGCCAACAUACAAAGGGGUAGAAGUCAUCCAAGUGAAUGCUACAGACUCAGACUCCGGGCCUAACUCCAAACUUCUCUUCUCCAUCUCUGAGGGAAAUAUUGGUGAUAAGUUUAAAAUGGAUCCAAUCACAGGCGUAAUCUCUAUUCAGAAUGUCACGCAGCUCAGGAGCAGAUAUGAAUUAAAUGUUAGGGUUUCUGAUGGUCGAUUUGCUGCCGUUACAGCAGUGAAGAUCAAUGUGAAGGAAAACAAGGAGAGCAAGCUAAAGUUCACCCGCGAGUCCUACAAAGCCUACAUUCAAGAAAAUUCCUCUGAGAAGAAAACACUAGCAAUCAUUGCCGCUGUUGGGAACCAGGUGAAUGAGCCUUUGUUCUAUAAAAUUUUGAACCCUGACAUUAGGUUUGUAAUCAGCCGCACCUCUGGAGUUGUCUCAACCACUGGAAUUCCAUUUGAUCGUGAAGCACAGGACACAUAUGACAUUGUAGUAGAGGUCACCAGAGAAGACAAAUCUGAAGACGGGGCGCACGUUUUAGUAACUGUGACCGUGGAAGACGUCAAUGACAACAAGCCUAUGUUUGUGAACCUUCCCUAUCAUGCCCUGGUCCAGAUGGAUGCAGAGGAAGGCCAGGCCAUCCGACAGGUCACGGCAGUAGACAAAGACAUGGGCCCAAAUGCAGACAUCCAUUACUACCUGAAGGAACAUGAAGAACACUUUGAGAUUAGUCCAUCUGGUGAAAUCUCACUCAAGAAGAAGUUUGAGAAAGACUCACUCAACACAGACUUCGUCAUUGUUGUUAUAGCAAAGGAUAAUGGAGAACCAGCUCUCUCAGCAGAAGUAGAAGUACCAGUAAGAGUUGUUAACAAAGCAACGCCUGUGUUUGAGAAGCCUUUUUACAGCAUCGAAAUCCCUGAAAACAUUCAGUUACACUCCCCUGUGCUUCAUGUGCAGGCCAAUGACUCUGAAGGUCCUCGUAUUGUGUACACCAUAUCUGAGGGAGAUCCUUUCAAACAGUUUUCAAUUGAUUUCAACACAGGUGUUAUUCAUGUGAGUCAACCCUUGGAUUUUGAGACACAUCCUGCCUAUAAGCUCAACAUAAGAGCCACAGACUCUCUAACAGGAGCACACUCUGAGGUGUUUGUUGAUAUCAUACUGGAAGAUGUAAAUGAUAAUGCCCCUGUGUUCCUGUCAAAAACCUACUAUGCCAAUAUUUCUGAGGCCUCCGUUAUCGGUACGUCCAUUCUGCAGGUUGAUGCCAAAGAUUUGGAUACUGGCAAUAACCAGGAAGUGUUCUUUCAGCUGGUUGAGGAAAGGGGGAAGAGUUCUAAUUAUUUUACCAUCGACCGUGACACCGGCAUAAUCUCUACAGCUAAAGUUCUUGAUCACGAGGAAACCCAGCAACACAAGUUGAGAGUCCGUGUGGUGGAUGGAGGAGUUCCAGCCCUCUCCAGUGACGUGAUUGUGACGAUAGACGUUACGGAUAUGAACGACAACGCCCCAGUUUUUACAGAGCACACGUACAAAACUACUAUCAGCGAACUGGCUCCACGUGGACACUUCGUCUGCCAAGUCCAGGCAUCUGAUGCCGACAGCUCAGACUCAGAUAAGCUGGAGUUCUCAAUUAUAUCUGGAAAUGAAGACCAGAACUUCGCCAUCAACAAACACACCGGUGCUAUCGUCGUUUCCAACCACCGCAGGCCACAUAUGCAGCCUCGUUACAAUCUCAAGGUGUCGGUGUCAGACGGUGUGUUCAGAAGCUCAGCUCUGGUCGUGGUAACAGUUGUUGGUGCCAACUUCCACAACCCCACCUUCUCUCAAGUGGACUAUUUGGUCGAGCUUGUUGAAAACUCCCCCGUUGGUACCCUGGUAGCAGAAGCAAAGGCAACAGACGAUGAUGAAGGCAUUUAUGGACAAAUAACAUACCAGAUAGUCAAUGACUUUGCAAAAGACAAGUUCUCUAUCAAUGAAAAUGGAGAGAUUUUCACUCUGGAGAGCCUUGACCGUGAAAAACCAGAUGAAAAGGUUAUUCCUAUUUCUCUCAUAGCUAAAGAUGGUGGCGGAAAAGUAGGCUUUUGUACUGUCAAUGUCAUUGUCACAGAUGCCAAUGACAAUGCCCCACAAUUCAGGGCAGUUGAGUACAAAGCCACUAUUGCAUCAGACGUCCCAAGGGGAACCUCGGUGGUUAAAAUCGCUGCUUCGGACAUGGAUGAGGGAAGCAAUGCUGACAUUGAAUAUUCGCUUGAAGCAGACGUUGAAAAUGUGGAGGAAAACUUUGAAAUUCACCCAACCACCGGGGUCAUUGUAACCAAAGAAAGCCUCAUUGGGCUGGAGAAUGAGCUCUAUGCAUUCUUUGUGAAGGCAAAGGACACUGGGAAUCCAUCCAGACAUUCUGUUGUGCAAGUUUACAUCAGAAUUGUCGCCACAGAGGUGCCAAUUCCUAAAUUUGCUGAACCACAUUAUCGUUAUACAAUUGCUGAAGACCUUCCCAUUGGCACUGAGAUAGACGUUAUUCAAGCUGAGAGUGAGCAGCCAGUUCUUUACAGUCUUGUGAAGGGCAACACUCCCGAGAGCAAUGAAGAUGAAGUGUUUGUUGUAGAUAGAGACAGCGGAGCCUUGAAGCUUCAGAAGAGCCUUGACCAUGAGACGACCAAAUGGUACCAGCUCACUCUGCUUGCCCAAACCACACAGGAGAAUUAUGAGGUAGUUGCAUCGGUAAAUGUGAACAUCCAGGUGAAAGAUGUUAAUGACAACAAUCCAAGCUUCGACUCAGACCCUUAUGAGGCUGUCAUUGUGGAAAACCUUCCAAGUGGGACCCAAGUAAUUCAAGUCAAAGCCACCGACCACGACUCUGGAACCAAUGGCCACGUUGUUUACAGCCUUGACCCCAAGCAGAGCUCACAGGAGAUCCCUGAGCUGUUUGCCGUCAACAGUGAAACUGGAUGGGUGACCACCUUAAAGGAGUUAGACCGCGAAAAAAUGAACAAAUACACCAUCGCCGUCCUAGCAACAGACCAGGGCGACAAAGUCCAGCAUGUCACUGGCACCAGAGUGGAGGUGACGGUGGCUGACGUGAACGACAACCCACCUCACUUCACCGCAGAGAUCUACAAAGGCACAGUCAGUGAAGAUGACCCUCCUCCCAGCGGAGUGAUCGCUAUCCUCAGCACCACGGAUGACGAUUCUGAAGACAUCAAUAAACAAGUGAACUACUUCAUCACAGGAGGCGACCCUCUUGGCCAAUUUGCCAUCGAACACAUUCAGAAUGAAUGGAAGGUGUCCGUCAGGAAGCCUUUGGACCGUGAAGAGAAGGACAAUUAUCUCCUCAACAUUACUGCCAGUGAUGGCAUCUUCACUGCCAAAGCCAUCGUGGAGGUCAAGGUGCUGGAUGCCAAUGACAACAGCCCAGUAUGCGAAAAGUCUGUGUACAGUGAAAGUGUCCCAGAGGACUCCCCUGCUGGCAGGCUCAUCUUGCAGGUCUCUGCCACAGAUGCUGACAUCCGCUCAAAUGCCCAAAUCUCCUAUGAGCUCCAGGGAGUUGGAUCAGAAUUGUUCAUCAUUGACUCUGACACAGGGGAGCUGAAGACCUCGCAGCCCCUGGACCGAGAGGAGCAAGACGAGCACCGGUUCAAAGUGCGGGCGGUGGACGGAGGAGGGCGCUACUGUGAAGCCGACAUCCACAUCGCCGUGGAAGACAUCAACGACAACCUGCCGCAGUUUUCCUCUGAUCCCUACACCAUCACAGUGUUUGAGAACACAGAGACGGGCACGUUUGUGGCAAAACUGCAGGCAAAUGAUGUUGAUACAGGUCUCAACAGCGACAUCCUCUACUCACUGGUUGACUCUGCCGACGGGUUUUUCUCAAUUGACGAGCACACCGGUGUAAUGAGCCUGGAGCGGCCCCUGGACCGCGAGGUGCAGUCAGUGUACGAGCUGAAGGCCCGAGCCAGCGACCAGGGCUCGCCUCGCCUGUCCUCGGUGUGCCAGGUGGUGGUUUCGGUCCUGGACAUCAACGACAACCCACCUGUGUUUGAGCACCGGGAAUACACAGCUACCGUGACUGAGGAUGUAGCUGUGGGUACGCAAGUGCUCAGAGUGCAGGCAGCCAGCAGGGACACGGACGCCAACGGAGAGAUCUCAUACAGUAUCAUCAGUGGGAACGAGCACGGCAUGUUCAGCGUCGAUCCACGCACUGGUGACAUCUUCGUGAUUGAGCCGCUGGACUACGAGGUCGCCCAUGAAUACUACAUUACCAUAGAGGCUACAGAUGGCGGCUCCCCACCGCUCAGUGACAUGGCUACCGUGAACAUCAACCUGACUGAUGUCAACGACAACAGACCUGUCUUCAGCCAGGACGUCUACACAGCCGUCAUCAGCGAGGACACCGAGCUGGGAAAGACUGUGAUGGCGGUGAUGGCCGAGGACACCGACGGGCCUUCCUACAAUCACGUACGCUACUCCAUUGUGGACGGUAACCAAGGCAGCCCCUUCACCAUUGAUCCGGUCAGAGGAGAGCUUAAAGUUGCUCGCCAGCUGGACAGAGAGCGAACAUCUGGGUACACUCUGACGGUGGUAGCCUCAGACAACGGGGUGCCUCCUCUUUCCAGCAGCGCCAUGAUCAACAUUGACAUCUCAGACGUCAACGAUAACCCGCCCCUGUUCUCCCAGGCCAACUACAGCCUCAUCAUCCAGGAGAAUCGACCAAAAGGCACAAGUGUUCUUCAGUUCACCGUAACGGAUCGGGAUGCUUCUCACAAUGGCCCACCUUUCACCUUUGCCAUCGUGAACGGGAACGAGGGCGAUGCUUUCCACAUCGACCAGCAGGGAGCUCUGCUGGCCGUGGGGGCGCUGAGCAGGAAGAGUAAAGAACACUACCUACUUGAAGCACAGGUGUCAGACAGUGGCAAACCUCAGCUCUUUUCCACCGCCUUCAUCAGCGUGCGUAUAAUAGAAGAGAGCGUCUACCCUCCAGCCAUUCUCCCGCUGGACAUUUUCGUCUCCACUGCUGGGGAUGAAUAUCCUGGAGGCGUCCUCGGCAAGGUCCACGCCACCGACCAGGACGUCUACGACACGCUCACCUACAGCCUCGCCCCGUCAUCGCCCUCAGCCUCCGACGAAAGCGGCGCCUUGUUUUCGAUUUCGGCUUCCGAUGGCAAAGUCAUCGCCCUGCGGCCGCUCGACGUGGGCCACUACCCUCUAAACGUGACGGUGACCGACGGACGCUUCACCACGCCUGCUGAUGUCACCGUGCACGUUCGACAAGUGACCCGUCAGGCCCUGGACAACUCCAUCGCUGUGCGCUUCGCUAAUAUCGCCCCGGAGGAGUUUAUCGGGGACUACUGGCGCAACUUCCAGCGAGCGCUGAGAAACAUCGCCGGGGUUCGGAGGAGUGAGGUUCAGCUGGUGAGCCUGCAGCCUUCAGAGCAAGGAGAUCUGGAUGUCCUGUUGACGCUGGAGAGAUCUGGCAGCCCCUACCAAUCUCAGGAGGUCGUCUUCCGGAAGCUGAACUCCUCUGCGGCGGUGAUCGAGGAGAUGACGGGGGUCCGCAUAGUGCGGGUGGUGCAGAAGCUGUGCGCCGGUCUGGACUGCCCGUUACACUUUUGCGACGAGGUCAUCUCCCUGGAUAAGACCUCCAUGUCCACGUACAGCACGGCCCGCCUCAGCUUCGUCACGCCGCGACACCAGAGAGUCGCAACCUGCCAGUGUGAAGGCAGCAGAUGUCCUGUGGUGACCAACCUGUGUGAGAACAACCACUGUCCUGAGGGUACGGAGUGUGUGGCAGAUCCAAGAGAUAUUGUGUACAGUUGUGUGUGUCCUGAGGGCAAAAAGGGCAAAUGCUCUGAUGGCCACUCGCUGACGUUCAAUGGAAACGGUUACGUGAAAUACCAUCUGAUGGAGACCGAGAACAAGGAGCUGAUGAAGCUAUCACUGAGGCUCAGGACCUUCUCCAGCCAUGCUACUGUCAUGUAUGCUAAAGGGACCGACUACAGCAUCCUUGAGAUCGUGAACGGCCGCCUGCAGUACAAGUUUGACUGCGGCAGCGGUCCAGGCCUGGUGUCAGUCCACAGCGCUCAGGUUAACGACGGAGAGUGGCACUCCGUCUCACUGGAGGUGGACGGCAACUAUGCUAAACUGGUGCUGGACCGGGUGCACGCUGCCUCAGGCACAGCACCGGGCACUCUGCGUACCCUCAACCUUGACAACAGUAUUUACUUUGGCGGUCACGUACGCCAGCAGCUCACCUCGGCUCGGCACGGCCGCAGCCUGCCCGUCACCAACGGGCUCCGCGGCUGCAUGGAGGCCAUCACCCUGAAUGGCCAGGAGCUGCCUCUCAACACCAGAGCUCACCGAGCCCACGCUGUGCUGGAGGACAUCGUGGACGUGGCUCCGGGCUGCGCGCUCGCACCUGCUGAGAGUUGUUCCAGCAACCCCUGCACCAACGGCGGGAGCUGCACAUCACUGCCUAAUGGAGGCUACUUCUGCAAGUGUCCGGCCUCUUUCAUGGGCACGCAUUGUGAGAUUGCCAUAAGUCCUUGUGCCUCCAACCCCUGUCUGUACGGCGGCACCUGUGUACCUCGUGCAGAUGACUUCUACUGCCAGUGCAGAGGGCAGUACUCAGGACAAAGGUGCCAGCUGGGGCCGUACUGCAGAGACAACCCCUGCAAGAAUAGCGGGAAGUGUAUCGACAGUCUGGACGGUCCGGUGUGUGAGUGUGAGGCAGGCUUCCAGGGAGACAGGUGCCUGAGUGAUGUUGACGAGUGCAUCAAGAACCCGUGCGCCAACGGAGGCCAGUGCCAGAACACGUACGGCUCCUACAAGUGUAACUGCUCGCUGGGUUUCAACGGGCAGACGUGCGAACUCCGCGUUGAGCUCCGUAACGAGUUCGUCUCCACCUCCUGGAACAUCGGCUUGGAGGAGGUGAUCGGCAUCGUGAUCUUCGUGUCCAGCAUCUUCAUCCUGGUCCUCCUCUUCAUCAUCAUCCGCAAGAGGGCCUGUCGCAGCAAGUCCAAGUCCGACGACGACGACAUGCGCCCCGGAGGUUCAAACGUGCCUCACUCCUUCCUCCAGAGGCCUUUCUUUGACGCCAAACUCAACAAAAACAUCUACUCGGACAUCCCUCCUCAGGUUCCCGUGCGGCCCAUCUCCUACACUCCCAGCAUUCCGAGCGACUCGCGAAACAACCUGGACAGGAACUCGUUCGAGGGCUCGGCCAUCCCGGAGCAUCCCGAGUUCAGCACCUUCAACCCGGAUUCUGUGCACGGACACCGCAAGACCGUGGCCGUGUGCAGCGUAGCGCCCAAUCUCCCUCCUCCCCCUCCCUCCAACUCCGUCUCAGACAGCGACUCCAUCCAGAAGCCGAACUGGGACUAUGACUAUGACACUAAAGUGGUGGACCUGGACCCGUGCCUGACCAAGAAGCCUGUGGAGGACAGCGCCUGUCACCCCUACAACACCAGAGGCAGCAUGUCUGAGGUCCACUCCCUCAGCUCCUUCCAGUCAGAGUCCUGCGAUGAUAACGAGUCUUUUUUGGCUCAUGAUCUCAAGAACCCAAGAGGAUAUCACUGGGACACAUCUGAUUGGAUGCCAAGUGUUCAACUUCCUGGAAUCCAGGAGUUUCCACAGUAUGAGGUUGUGGAGUCACCCGCCCCUCUGUACAGUGACCCGAGUGCCAUCGACACCGACUAUUAUCCAGGCGGCUUUGACAUUGAGAGCGAUUUCCCUCCGCCGCCAGAGGACUUCCCUGCCAACGACGACCUACCGCCGCCACCUUUGCCAGAGUACAGCGACCGCUGUGACACACUGCGGCCCCUCGGCAGAGACUUGGACCCGUCUGUGGGCGGUUCGGGCGGCUCAGGUGGGGUCCGCCAGCGCCCAGCCCUGCCCCAGCUCUACAGCCUUAACCAGUAUCUGCCACAGCACUCCUACCCAAGCGAUGGGGGUGACACCGAGGGCCAGGGCACCUCCUCCGCCACCAUUACCCCGGCCUCCACCAUGGGCACCGGCGGUUACAGAGGGGGCUACCCUCUAGGCUGUAGUCGGGACUUUGACUCCUCAGCUCUGGACAACAUGUCCAUGUCUCUGUACACGUCCACGGCCUCUUGCUCGGACAUGUCGGCGUGCUGCGAGGAGUCCGAGGUGAUGAUAAGCGACUACGAGAGCGGAGACGAGGGCCACUUCGAGCGGCUGGCCAUCCCGGCGCUGGACUCCCAACAGCACACUGAAGUCUGACACUGGAUCCAAACAAAAGUGCCUGAACCCACAGCUACACCUUAUGUUAGCCCUUGACACACCACUCACGGUAAACACGCACAGUAUGUGGACACAUAAACCAACACCACACACAUACAUGCACACUGACACAAACGAUGAAUCUGAGUAAAAACAGGGGUUGUUGAGACUGGUUGAGGGCCAUUCGGCUGAGAAGAUCUGAAGAAACUACAGGAGCGACUGUAGCCUCUUUGCAUCUGCUCGGUCCAACUCCUGCCCCUUUGAGUUGGCGGUGCCAUUGCUUUAAGUAACUGUCAUCAUACACAGGAGGUGGAUCGUCUGAAGGAUCAACAUUUCAAUGUACAACAGGAAAAGCAUCAUGAAAAAAAACAAAAAAGAAUAUUUCAUGAAAAUAUCUUUGUUUCUAUAAACAAACCAAGCAAAAUGUUUUUAUACAAGUCCUCAUUUUCAAUGUAAAUUUAAAUGUACAGUUUUGAUUUCAAAGUUUACUAGGUUUUGUAGAUAUUCUAUGCUUUUAUUUUCAACAACAAAAAAAAAAGAGUUAAAUGGUGUGACAUUAUCAGCCUUACUGUGCUUACAUUCACUAAAAAAAAAUAAACAUUAAAAAAAGAGAUAAGAGAAGAGCGUGGCUUUUCUGAACACAGUGUACUCGUAAAAGUUUAUUGUCUCUUGCUCAUUUCAAAAAGGGUCUUCAAUGAACGACUGCAUAUUCUUGUGUUGUUUGUUUUUUUUUUUCUUUUUGUUUUUUUUAAUUUGUUUGUUUGUACAUUUUGACUUUGGAACCUCUUUAUUUUUCCACCAAGAAAAUGGGACCCAAUAUAUUUAUAGUGCAGAGUUAUCCAUGGACACGUGACUUUUUCAGGUGUCUAUGUGCGUCUGAGCAAUGCUAUGGUCUUGUUAAGGUUUUUAUUGAAUACUGCCACAAGCUCACGCUUUCCUACUGGCAAUAAAUUAUUCCUAAAAAAUA